GGUGUUAAUCAGCCUGGUCCUUACAUCAUGUACACUACUGUAGAUGCAAAUGGAUACCUGAAAAAUGGGUCAGCUGGACAGCUUAGCCAGUCAGCACAUUUUGCUCUCCAGUUGCCAUACAAUGUGCUAGGUUUGGGACGUAGUGCUAAUUUCCUCGACCAUUUGUACGUUGGCAUUCCUCGUCCUUUAGGAGAAAAGUCCACAAGAAAACAAGAAUGGACAGCUAUCAUACCAAACUCCCAGCUUAUAGUCAUCCCCUUUCCUCAUAAUGUUCCUCGAAGCUGGAGUGCCAAGCUGUAUCUGACCCCAAGUAACAUUGUGCUGCUAACAGCUAUAGCCUUAAUUGGUGUCUGCGUUUUCAUCCUGGCAAUAAUUGGCAUAUUACACUGGCAAGAAAAGAAAGCAGAUGACAGAGAGAAGCGACAGGAGGCUCAUCGGUUCCAUUUUGAUGCUAUGUGACAUGCCUUAAUAUUAUGAAGGAGCUGCUACUCAUUUGCUUAAUUGAAAUACUAAGUUCUGAUUUGUGAAAUGAUUACCGUGAAAAUACUGCUGGUGUGCUAUUUGUAAAUGUUGCAUUAUUUGGUAUUUAUUUGGAAAGUAUUAAAAUUAGACCUGAAUGUCUCUCAAGGCCUUUCAGUUAACAGACUGUACAUAAUAGCGUUUGGUCUUCAUUUAACAGAACUGUAAAUUUAUUUUUCUUAGUAAAGAGAUGAAAUUGCAUGUACCAUUGUUUACGUAUCCCAAUUCUUUAGUAAUAUUUGAUAGAAAGACAGUUGUGUAAAUAAAGUUUAGCAUUUCAGCGAGCAGAAUACUUUGUACCACUUGGUCUUGUCAUUUAUACAUUCCUGCAAAACAACCUGCAUUUCUGAAAAUGAAGCUUGAGCAAUUUCUCAGAUGACUUGAUCGUUAAUUAUUUUGGUUGUACUAAAUGGUGCUCAACC